AUGUCGCACACGCCCUCCUCCCCCCUAGCCGCGCCAACCCCCCGCACCUAUCUCCCACCCUCAUGCAUGCCCCCGACCGCCAGCUCCCCGCCACAGCAGUUAGUAUGGCUUGUCUUCGGCGCAACUGGGCACCUCGGCCGCUCCAUCUGCCGUGUAGCGCUCAAGCGCGGCGAUCUCGUGACGGCGGUCGGGAACCGCAGCGUACCCGGUGAAGAGGCGAGCAUGGAGGGGUGGCACAAGAACUGUCAGGGGCUUGUGUGUGAUGUGAGAGUUGCGUCAACGGUCAAGGAGGUGUUUGAGAAGAGUUUGGAGUGCUGGGGGAGGGUGGAUAGGGUUGUUAAUUGUACGGGAUAUGGAAUAAUCGGCGCCUGCGAAGACCAAGACACCCAUGAAAUUCGCGCCCAAUUCACCACAAACACGCUCGGCACCCUGCACAUCCUCCAAAGCACGCUCCCCUACCUGCGAUCGCGCCCCGGCGGCGGCGGCCACUACCUCCUCUUCUCUUCCACGGCCGGCACCCUCGGUAUCCCCGGCCUCGGCCCCUACUGCGCCACCAAAUGGGCCAUCGAGGGCCUCGCCGAGUCGCUCAUGUACGAGGUCGAGCCGCUCGGAAUCAAGGUCACCAUCGUGAUCCCGGGGGUGUCACGCAGGGACGAGCCGGACGAGGCGCUCCAUGGGCCCGCGCCCAUGUGGGGCCACUUUCUGCUCAAGCCGCCCGAGGACGCGUAUAGAGCGACGAGUAGCCCGGCGCAGCAUGCGACGAGGAUGAUUGACUGGUUGAAGUAUAGGGAGCCGACGAGCGCGGUGAGGUGUGCGGAGAUUGUGUGGGAGUUGGCGCAUUGUGUGCAUCCGCCGUUGAGGCUGUUUAUUGGGAAUCAUGCGGUCGAGGCGAUUAGGGACCGACUGAGGUCUACAAUUGAGGAGAUUGAGGACUGGAAACACCUCAAUUACGCCAAUAGAGACGAAGACGGCGAUGGGAACAUGGGCGAGGGCGCAGAGUAG